GAGAUAUAGGAACUUAAAAUGUUUUGUACAUUAGACGUUAUCAAUCGAAAUACUCGAACAUGUAUAGAUGAUAGUAUAACUACACCCAACAAAAUAGACUAACAAAAACGAAAUUGAUAAGAUAACAAAAGCGAACUAUUUUCAUGAAUUAUUGCACUUUUGAUGGUAAUAUGUACGAAGAUAAAGACCAGUUGGUUUUUAAACCUGGAGGUUAUCAAUAUGUAGUCACCUACUCAGGUGGUAUCAAAACUAUUGAACAGGUAUUCAGCGUCACAAUAAUUUGUUUUUUGUUGCUAAAUGGCCAACAAUCUCGAACGUAUUUCUUAUUCGGAAUUUCACUGCUAUCUUUAAUAUUAUCUGCAAUUUUCUCGACUAUACACAUUUUCACGAGUAUCGAGCGGACUUUUAUGCAGCUGUAUUGGAUCGAAUUUGGUUUUUCUUUGGCGUUCGGAUUGUUCUUUAUUCUUGCUUCAACUGCGGUUUGGACCAUAUACACCCAAUGGUUUAUUGUUAUUUCUGUGUUAGGAUAUGCAACCGCAGCAGCUUACUUAUUGGACACUGUCAACCAAUUUAGACUCGCACAAGUACCUAGAAGCAGAUAUGUAUGGACUACGCCCAAUAUGCCUGCUUAAGACUAUAUUUAUUGCUAUACAAACCAACAAAUAAAUAUUUUUUAGUAAAC